AACUUUCCUGCCUUCCUGCCGAUCCCUUGUUCUGAUUUCUUGAGGAUCGGGAAUCUUCAUUAUUCCAAUUGAGCAAAGCCACGAUUUUGGUGUAACCCAUGGCAACUGGGGCCAAAUUGUUGGAUAUUGACCUAAGCCAGAAGCCGAUAUUAGUGGAAUGGGAAAUGACAACUCAAGCAAUUUCUUCAAUCCUUCAUCAUCUUCAACGCCUCAAUUUAAUGUAUGUACCCUGCGACAAUUUCAAGAUUAAAUAUUUCUAGAUAGUUUAGAGAAAUUACAUGUGUUAAUUGUGCUAGUUCCUAUUUUUUCUCUUGAUUAUUUUUAAAUUUUACUUUUUAGGUUUAAUGCUCAUUAGUCGUUCUUAUUACUUUUAUAAAUGAAGAAACUCUCUCAGAGGAUAUAGUUGCUGAGGUUGGGUUUAUGCCUGUGGCAUUUUAUGACAGUAUUAAGAGGAGCUGUUGAAGAAAUAGAAAAGAGAAUGGUUAUGAAAGUCAAGUUUAUUUUUUUCUUAAAAAUACAUAUUACCAACUGAU